AUGGGCUUGGCCACAGAGAAAGCCAUUUGGAGGAGCCGAAAAGCAAGAAAGACGGAGUUAUUGAUUGGUUACGAACAACGGCUUCAUUCUUUUCGACGGUCUGACUUGGUCAAAGACACGAUCAAGCACAUCAGCCUACAUACCGGCCUUGCAAGAGAACACUAUUUUGACAAGUUCAGUUACGCUGCGUGGGAGGAGGUGGACAAAUAUUUUGAAGAAGCCGAGAAAAAGCGCAAAGCGAUUCAGCAACGACGCAGACGACGUGAACAGUCUCUCGCAGCGGCCGCUGAAGAAGUUCAUAAGGCUCGGGAGGAAGCAGAGACGAGUACUGGUGCGCAGAAGAUCGCUUGCCUUCGUCGCGUCGAGCGCGCCUACAAAAAGCUCAAACAUAUCAAAUCCAAAAUUGAAGCCAGCGCCGUCGUGGACCAAGAGUUCUUUACACAACGUCGAGAAUCUGCUUCUACGGCACUGCCCAAAGACCAAACGAGUCUGAGGUUGUUUCGAAUAGAAACGUCAGCAUUCCCUUUCCCGACCGCGACAAAGCACGUUGCUUACAAAAAUGGCAGAAAUGCGGGUGAAACACACUCAGGGAACCUUGGUGAGAGUGCUGUGUCAGUUCCAGUUUUGGCACCUAACCCAGGCUCAACCGCGAGGCGCAGACCCGAGCCUUUGCCUCCUCUUGUGCAAGGUCUGUCUUUCCUGGCUGACCCUGUGGCAAAACUUCCAGAAUGGGCGAAUUGUCUGGAUUCACCUCUGUCAUCACCUCAGGUUGAGUACGGCGAGGAACAAAUGAAAUCGCGGGGAGAAUAUUCGAACACUAGCAGAAGCCAGCGCGUCAAGGCCGUGGCUGGUGAUAUCCCGGUCGCCUUGAGAUCGAUGACUCGGGCUUACAAGCGGGCCCUCGAGCUUUCUGAGACGAAUUCUAGUCAAAUGAACCAAACUUCUUCCGGUUUAAAAGGUAUCGGACAAGAGACAGCUUCAAGAUCAAGCAUAAAGAGUGCAAUUGAUAUCAGCUCGUCUCAUAAGGACAGUAAUCUCACGGGGGAGGUUGAUAGUGCGAAAAGAGCCCAGGAAGUCACAGCCCAGUGCCUACGAGUUGACAAAGGCAGCGACAGAAUCAGGUUCGAAAUAACUCAGGACACCGCGCAGGAGAACUGGCAUUUGGUCAGCAAGUUUGUUACUGGAAGGCAAUUGUAUCCGCCCAAGAGGAGCCACUUUGCAGCGCUACUCUCUUCAACCCGCACGCGAGACAUUGCAACGAGACCGAGAGUGAAAUUCGUUGCCGAUCGGCCCAAGAACGUUCGUCUGCUCAUAGUCCACAUAACUGGCAUAGAGCUGCCCGUGCCAUGCAAUUCGUGUGCCUCAGGCCACGGACCUUUUAAGAAAUGUAUCGCGAUCAGCAAGCAAGCAGCAGGCGAGACCACAUGCGGAAUCGUGUGCUGCACGAAUUGCGCAACAGACGAUAAGAUCCAGCGUAAAUGCAAUGUAGAAGAGCUGCUUCGCCAACCAAUUCGACGAGGCCGAGAGGUCGCCGCGCCUGGUUCGACUGAGGUGAACGAGGACAAGAGGUCAGUCCCAGAUGCAAUAGCCAUGGAACUAGAUACAGUCUCAGUUGAUGAUGGUGAAUUAAAUAGACACGAUGGGACCCUAUUGCCCGUCGCUCUCGAGCUCAGCAGAACGGCACCAAGGAGGCGGACCAAUGAGGCUUUCCAGGCAAAGAUAAACGCGAGAAAAGUCCCCACUUCACAGGACGGUCCUAUUCCUGUGAACUGGACGAGACGAUCGAACACUGCUCGCCGAACUGAAUCCCAACUCCCAGGUCGUCUGUUGCCCGAGACAAGUAAGCAGGCCGAGCCGAACAUUAGCUCACAUGAAGCUAAGCUUGACUACCGAUUUGCAUUCGGGGUUCACGUCAUACCGUAUGAUGGUUCGCUCCUCUUCGACGCUGAGCCCUCAAAUAUGACAAGCAAUCUUGCGAACGCGUUCGCAUCAGAGAGGCUCGUUUAUACAGCCAUAGACGACACUGAUGAAAUCAAGACCUGGUUCCACGAGCGGUUCGAGAGCGACCCUGUUGGCCGCAGCACUGCCGAUUCGAGCCUUCUGCGGCCACAGACCAGGGCACGCAGCGACGAGAUCCUCGCUGACAUCCGCAAGUCUUUCCUAGGCGUAUUGAUAUGCCUGCCUCCAACGACCACUGAGACUACAGACUCACAGCCGAAGGCGUCAGCCGAGGCCGCACCAAGCAUGCCCAAGCCGACGCCCAUCGGAGUUCUGCACCUGGACGAUGAGAGCGACUCUAUGUAUCGUCAUCACCACCGCCUUGCCGUCAUGAGCGUCUCAGUCAUUGCCGAGUAUCGUGACAAGGGCUACGGAGCCGAGGCCAUCAACUGGGCACUAGACUGGGCUUUCACACGAGCUAACUUGCACGCCGUCAGUCUUGGAUGCCUCGAUUUCAACGAGCGAGGGAAGCACUUAUAUGAGAAGUUGGGUUUCGUCCCCGAGGGAAGGUUCAGGAAAUGCCACUGGCAUGAGCGAAAGUGGUGGGAUGUAGUCUUGUACUCCAUGUUGGAGGAAGAGUGGCUUGAGCUCCGAGGCAAGGGUACAUCUUAA